AUGAAGGCACUCACCCCAAAAACCCGUGAUGCUAUUAUUUAUGGUAAAAAAUAUGAACAAUCAGGUCGCACUAUUGCUAAAAAUUUGGGGUGUAGUAAAACAGCUGUUUAUAAUAUACUUAAACGCCUUCGUCAAACUGGUUCUUCCACACCAAAAAAACAAACUGGCCACCUACCACUCCUUAAUAUACCAUCUCAACAAGAGUUUAAAGCUUUUGUUCAAGAAAAUGGUGAAAAUCAUCAGCUUUGUGCAAAAAAACUUUCAACUGUUUGGACAUCUC